AUGAUGAAGCUCCUGCUCAUGCUAUUGAAACAUCCUCUACGCGGUCUUAUCUUUUCCUAUUCCUUCUUGGUCCAGGUCUUGCUGUUACUCUUGCGACGAGCCUUGCUUCCACACUUCCCCGUAUAUCAGUCUCUCCGGAUCCAACUUCAGCGAGCGUAUCUGGGGUCGGCCUCACUGACCUUCCCGGACCUGACCCACCGGCUUCCAGUGGGCAGAUUGUCCCUCCGCCGAGCUCGUAAGAUCGAUGAAUCCGUCCCAGCCUAUUUGAUCCCCGGCUCUCGGGAGCUUGCUGAAUUUGCGGUCCCGACGCCGACACGGCAACAAUGUCUGGUACUCUACGCCCAUGGCGGUGGCUAUGCGCGUGGUGAAGCGAGAAUGUAUAUCAACUACAUGGAGCGGUGGAUCCGAGAGGCGUUCAAGGAGAAUCUAGAACUCAUGUUCCUGAGUGUUGAAUAUCCACUGUCGGUGAAAGAGAGUCAUCCGGCACAGAAGAAUGCCUUCCUUCAAGUCUACAAAUAUGCUCUCGACCAGAAUAUACGGCCAGAGCGCAUUGUUUUUAUGGGCGACUCGGCUGGAGGCUCACUAAGCCUACUUGCGGAAUUGGACCUUAAAACGCUCAAUCUUCCACAGCCUGCCGCCACAGUGCUGAUAUCACCAUGGCUGGACAUGAACUGCAAGGUAUACCAAGGAGGAAAUGGUGCUGUCGAGACUGACUACUUCAUGAUUGCUAAUGAAGCAGUUCCGGCACUUGCCAAGCUGUUUGUUGGUGGCGUUCCCCCUGACUCGCCAGAAGUCAACCCCCUUCAUCAUCGGCCAGAAGCGCUCGAGGGACUGAGCCCGCAGCUGAUCUUUACCGGUGGAGCGGAAUUCGCUCGUUAUGACUCUGAGAAAUGGGCUGAGCUGUGUCGCGCUGCAGGUGUGGAAUGCAAGUUGAUCAUCGAAUGGGCCCAACUGCACAUCUAUGCAGUCGGGUCAAAGUGGACAGAGCCCGCUGUUCGGAGAAAGACUGAUGGCAUAAUCAUGCAGUGGAUCAAGGAUCAUGUUGCGAGAGUGAAGGGAGACGAUUGGUGA